CGGAUUUCUCUCAGCGCAAGCAUGAUCGAUUCGCGUAGCUAUGCCCAAAGCCACCGACAGACUCGAUGUCCGCGAGACUGAGGCAAAUGGGCAUGACCCCGAGGAAGCUCGCUCUCUCCUUUCUCACUCUGUCGAUGACGAUGAUCUAGUUGACCACCCCGAGCCUUCACAGUCCACGCGGCCCCCCGCUCCGAAACGACAAUCCUCUCUUGCUCUCCCUACUCUCAACAAUGGACAGCCUCGCGCACCUCGAACCCCGAACCGCGUUCGUUUCGACUUAGGUGAUGGCACAGAAGAGGAACCCGGGCGGGAUUCCACCUCGGCCGCGCCCGACCGAUCAUGGCUAAACGAGGCAGAUUACUUGGAUAGUGAAGCUCACCGCUCGAGGAGCAGCACAGGACAAGUCGCUCCGCUCCUUACGGAUAUAGAAGCUCCUAUCGUUACUCUUGCGACCUCGAACAGCGACUUUUUCCCCGAAGAAUACCUGGAGAGUGCAAGACCAAAAAGUGGCCUCAGAAACGCAUUCAUGAACAUGGCCAACAGCAUCAUAGGUGCUGGAAUUAUUGGGCAGCCGUAUGCCUUCCGUCAAGCUGGAAUGGUGAUGGGCGUUAUUCUCCUGGUCGGCCUUACCUGUGCCGUCGACUGGACUAUUCGUUUGAUAGUUGUCAAUUCAAAGCUCAGCGGAGCUGACUCUUUUCAAGCUACUGUGGAGUUCUGCUUUGGGAGGACUGGGUUGAUAGCAAUAUCCAUAGCACAAUGGGCAUUCGCGUUUGGAGGGAUGAUUGCGUUCUGUAUCAUCGUUGGCGACACAAUUCCCCAUGUCUUAGCGGCUCUUUUUCCUUCACUGAAGGAUCUUCCAUUUCUAUGGCUCCUAACAGACCGGCGUGCUGUCAUCGUGCUUUUUGUUCUUGGAAUAUCGUAUCCUUUAUCGUUAUAUCGGGAUAUCGCAAAGCUCGCAAAAGCAUCGACGUUUGCCUUAAUAAGCAUGCUUGUUAUUGUUAUUGCAGUGAUUACCCAGGGCGUGGGAGUACAGUCCGAUCUCAGGGGUGACAUCAAGGGAUCGAUCUUCGUCAAUUCGGGCUUUUUUCAAGCUGUUGGAGUCAUAUCUUUCGCUUUUGUCUGCCAUCACAACAGCCUGUUGAUAUACGGCUCCCUGAAGAAGCCUACUCUCGAUCGUUUUGCUCUCGUUACUCACUACUCGACUGGAAUCUCAAUGGUAAUGUGUUUGAUAAUGGCCUUUGCAGGUUAUCUUACGUUCGGAUCCAAAACCAAAGGCAAUGUAUUAAAUAAUUUCCCUGCCGACAAUGUUUUGGUGAAUAUUGCAAGACUCUGCUUCGGCCUUAAUAUGCUGGCCACACUUCCGCUCGAAGCAUUUGUCUGCCGAUCUGUUAUGACCACUUUCUAUUUCCCCGACGAACCCUACAACGCGGGUCGCCAUCUUAUUUUCACCACUUCACUGGUUGUUACAUCCGUUGUAAUGGCGUUAAUGACUUGCGAUCUCGGCUCCGUCCUGGAGCUCAUUGGAGCAACGAGCGCUUGCGUAUUGGCGUAUAUUCUCCCUCCGCUUUGUUACAUUAAACUCAGUUCACAAGGCUGGAAAUCGAAGAUUCCAGCGGUACUCUGCAUCAUAUUCGGCGUUUGUGUUUUAUGUAUGAGCGUUUUGCAGGCAUUGGUCAAAAUCAUAAGGCGUAAGUACUGCCGCUAACUCCCUCAAUUGCAUAUUGUGGUAGCCCCUUUCAUAUUCUCAUACAUUGGCUGAUACAUUUUCGGUGUUGAUAGACGAAGGCGGCCCGAUGACCUGUUGAAGACGAGAAACCGAUAUAUUCCUUUACAUUUUAUUUCUUCUACCUGUUUUACUAGAGAUAUAGAUGUAAUUAUCCGUUGAAUGUUAUAUCCUAUGGCGGAUACCUUACAGGGGGGGCUAUCCACAAAGCCUAAGGCGUUUUUCGCUUUUGAUUUGGAUUUCUCCUUCGUCCUGAUACCCUAUAUCCCGCCGCAGCUUGAGUCGUUGAAAUAUGGCAUACCAUAUUGUUCUUUUUCCUAUUCUUUUCCUAUUGCUCCUUCUACAGAGCGUAUCAAUCUUGCCUUGUGAUGGCUCUGCCAUUGCAAAUAAAGCCAAAUAUAUUCCUGAGGGCAGGCUAGCGCAAUCACGGUGCGUUUUGCCACCACCAUCAUCGAUCGGGAUCUACCUGUGUGUGCUUUAAGGGUUCACUGGUUACGUUCCUCAGAUUCAGACAGUCAUAUAUCCUUGCACAUAUAUUAGAAUCAAAUCCGUAA